AUGGCGCAACUUCGUCUAACGGACCUCAACGACUUUAUCGGCCCGUCCCAGGCCUGUAUCAAGCCCGUCCAAGUCAACCGACCCGAGGGUGAUGCUGCCAAGGGUGCCCGCAUCGAGAUUGAGCCGGACGGAUCCUACGUGCAGCUGGCUCAGGACGGCAAAAAGACCAAGUUGGAACGUGCCAAGAUCACGCUCAAUGAUUGUUUGGCCUGCAGUGGGUGCAUUACCUCAGCUGAAAGCGUGCUCGUGCAAAUGCAAAAUCACGAUGAGCUCCGUCGAGCUCUCAGGGAAAAGGCAACGAACGGCACGACGGUGGUUGUCAUGCUUGCCCAGCAAGUGUAUGCCUCCAUGGCUGCGAAAUACGGCCUGAGCUCGCACGCCGCCCUCUUCAAAAUCUCAACCUAUCUCCGCCAACUUGGCGUGGAUGCUGUCUACGACGUGUCAAUUGCACGCUCCAUUGCUCUUCGCCAAGUGCAGCAGGAAUAUUCACACCGUCGUCAAACGGGUGGGGUCUUUCCCAUCUUGAGCUCCGCCUGUCCUGGCUGGAUUUGCUAUGCCGAGAAGAGCCAUGGAAGCUACAUUCUUCCCCACAUCAGCACGGUGAAAAGCCCGCAGCAGAUUAUGGGAAGCAUGCUCAAGCGUAUCAUCCCUCGACAAAACGGCGUGAGGCCAGAUCAGGUGUUUGUGACGGCCAUCAUGCCGUGCUUUGAUAAAAAGCUCGAAGCUUCCCGUUCAGACUUUUAUUCGGAUGAAUUGCGCACCAAGGACGUCGACUGUGUGAUCGCUGCGACCGAGCUUGAAAUCAUGCUUCUAGAAGAUGAUGUGGAUCUGAGCCAAGUACCCGAGUCUCCACUCGACAGUUUGGUGCCGGGCGAUACUGGCGAACCACUUUCCCACAUUGGGUCAACCUCGGGUGGAUACCUGCAUCACGUUGUCGAACGUGCGGCUGAUGCUCCCUUCGCUUCCUUGCCUCUCGAGGCGAAGCGAGGCGUUGACUUUCAAGAAGCUAGCUGUCAAGAUGCACAGGGCCAGACCCGCACGUUUGCGCUUGGCUACGGCUUCAAGAGCAUCCAGUCUGUUUUGCGCCGCAUUAAGCGCAAAAAUUGCAGCUACGACUAUGUCGAGGUGAUGGCUUGUCCACGAGGCUGCACCAAUGGUGGCGGGCAACUGCGUCCGGAGGAGGUUGGCAACUCUGCCAGCGCCGUGAGCUCACAAGCCGCGCGGGACGCUUUGCUCACGGAGACUGAGCGCACCUACGACGAGAUUCGGCGCAUACGGGCCGAUGAGGAUGUUCGAGUACAAGCCGUGUACGCGGCACUGCAGUUGACACCGGGCACAAAUGGGCUGCUGAGCCCCGAGGAGCAGGCGCUCUUCCACACAGCGUAUCACAAAGUGGAAACCUCCAUGCCUCCCCAACUGGAGGCGUGGUAA